AUGUCAUGUCCCAACAAUGUGACUCCUAACUCGUUUUUGAUGGACUCGUUGGCUGGUACCUGCCGGGGAGAGAAUUAUUCCUCUAAUCAAGGAAUGUAUAUGCAGUCUGCGAACGACUUCAGCUGUGGAAUGAUGAGGAACUGUGGGAUUAUCCCGGCUCUUUCCAAAAGAGACGAGGUGAACCACGCCGGCGGGCUGUCCCUCAACACCUAUCCGCCUUACCUGUCUCAGCUAGAUGCCUGGUGUGACCCUAAAAAUACUUACCGAAUCGAGCAACCUGUUGCAAGGCAGCUGCCUUCCUGCUCCUACCCGACCAGUGUGAAGGAAGAAAAUGCUUGUUGCAUGUACAACGCCGAGAAAAGGGCGAAAAGCGCCCCCGAGGCCACCCUCUACCCCGGGCAGAUGCCUGAAGCUUGCCUCGCUGACCAGGAGGUGCCCCUGCCUAGCUACUACCGCGCCACCCCGGGCUAUUCCUCCCUGGAGAAGGCGCCCAGCGGCGGCAGCCCCAGCGCCUACGAGGCCGGUUUUGAACCCAGGGCGGGUCUCAGCCAACCGAGCGAGCGUCGGGAGCAGCCCCAGCCAGGAGCCCCGGGGGGCUUCCCCGAAAGCGCCAAGCCGGACCCCAAGCUGCAGAACAGCCCGGCUGGCGACGUCAAGACCGAGAAGAAUCUCCCCGUGGCCAAACCCAGCCCGUCGGGAACGGAGCAGAGCGGGCAGAAGUGUGCCCAGAGCAGCAGUGACAAUUCGGACCACGAGGCGAAAGAGGAUAUAAAGGCAGAAAACACGACAGGAAAUUGGCUGACAGCAAAGAGCGGAAGAAAGAAAAGAUGCCCUUACACUAAACACCAGACGUUGGAACUGGAGAAGGAAUUCUUAUUCAAUAUGUACUUGACCCGCGAGCGCCGCCUGGAGAUUAGCAAGAGUAUUAAUCUAACAGACAGACAAGUCAAAAUCUGGUUUCAGAACCGCAGGAUGAAACUCAAGAAAAUGAACAGAGAGAAUCGAAUUCGCGAACUGACUUCCAAUUUUAAUUUCACUUGA